CACACACACACACACACACACACACACGCAGAAGCACAACUAGACUAGAGAGGAAGCUCACUUGCACAUUUCCUCCCUUCUCUUCUUCCUUUUCCCCAUCACACCUCGUCUCCCCAACUCCCCUUUGACCUGUUAGAGGUGCCCAACAUCGCCCAGCAUGGAUCUACAACGCUCCCUGUACAGCAUCUUUUCCUCGACUCUAGACGCGAAUCCCAAUGCGCGAAUGCAAGCCGAGCUGGACCUUCGCAAGGUUGAGGGACAGGCGGGAGUACUUGCUGCUCUGCUUGAUAUUGUGGCAAGUGCAGAGGCCGAUAUGGGAAAUAGGCUGGCAUGCGCAGUCUAUGUCAAGAACCGCCUGCGUCGGUGCUGGGUCGUCGAAGAAAGCGCUGGACAGGCCUCGUCAUCUACCGCUUCCUCCGGCCCACCUGCAAUCCCUGCCCAGGACCGUCCUACGAUCAAGGCACGCCUUCUACCCACCCUCGUCGCCUGUCCACCUCAGCUGCAGACCCACGUCGCUGCUGGACUUGGAACAGUCAUUAGGGCUGAUUUCCCAAAUGAGUGGCCAGAUCUGAUGGAGAAUGUUGGCAGACUGGUGAACAGCAAUACGCCCCAAGAGGUGUAUGGUGGUAUUAGGGCUCUGCUGGAAAUUGUUAGGUCGUACAGGUGGAUCGAUGACUCUGCUCUCAUGGAGCCAGUAGUCGCUGCUACCUUCCCGACCAUCCUUGCUACCGGUACCCAGCUCCUCUCUUCCCCCGAGGUAGACUCGCCCGAUGUCGGAGCCAUCGUGUACAUGAUCCUCAAGGUGUACAAGUGCUCCAUCAACUCGCAGCUCUCCCAGCAUCAGCAGUCCAAUGAGAGCAUCGUCUCUUGGGGCAAGUUCCUCUUGCAGGUGGCCUCGAGACCUAUUGAUCCCAGCAAGCUGCCUCAGGAUGAAGAUGAACGGCAGAUCAGUCCGUGGUACAAGGCCAAGAAGUGGGCUUGCUUCACCUUGAACAAGCUCUUCUCGCGCUACGGUAACCCCUCCCAACUGCCUUCCAACCUCGCUAGCUACAAGCCCUUUGCCGAGCGCUUCGUCAACACCUUUGCUCCCGAGAUCUUGUCCACCUACCUGCGUCUAACCGAGGCUUCCAUCAAGGGCGAGACCUGGCUGUCGAAGAAGCAGGUCCACUUCCUCUUCCGCUACUACGAGGAAUGCGUCAAGCCAAAGGCCACUUGGGCACUACUGAAGCCGCAUGUGAACACACUGGUGCAGAGCUUCGUCUUCCCUCGUCUUUGCACACGUCCGGAGGAUGAGGAGGCUUGGGAUCUCGACCCUUCAGACUUUGUGCGAUCUCACAUCGACGCCAUCGACUCUUUUGGUAACCCAGACGCCAGCGCUGCCUCUUUCCUCGCCACCAUCGUGGCCAAGCGGACAAAGGCCUCCUUCAUGCCUCAGCUGCAGUUCGUCACUUCCGUCGUGCAAGCCUACCCCGCCAGCCGAUCACCAGCAGAAAAGGGUGGGGCACUGGCCAUGUGCAAGGCCAUGGACUUGACUAUGCUCAAUCACGAAAAGGUCUCCACCUCGCUUGAGGAGUUCUUUGCUCAAUACGUCAUUCCUGAGCUGACGUCGCCGCAUCGAUUCCUGCGCUUCAGAGCAUGCGGGCUCGUCGCAGCUUUCGGUUCGCAAAUGGCCUGGAGAUCCUCAGCUGCACUCGAGUCUUGCUUCAGCGGAGUCAUGUCAUGUGCUACGGACACGGAAGAGUUGCCGAUCCGUGUAGAGGCCGCUGCCGCCAUCUCUGCCUUGAUCGACCACGACUCGGUCCAGGCGGCCAUGGCUCCCAAUGCUGCUCGCCUGAUGCAGGAGCUGCUGAAGCUUUCUGACGAGUUGGAGAUGGACCUCCUGACCGAGGCCAAGAGCAAGAUCGUCGACAAGUUCUCCGAGGAGCUGAUGCCUUUCAGUGUGCAGCUGGUGGAGCAGAUGAAGACUUCGUACAUGAGGUUGGUAGAGGCCAGUCUGGCUAGUGGUGAGACGGCUGCUGAUGGCACGCACGAGUAUGACCUCAACGACGCCGAGGGUGACAAGAUCUUUGCGGCCAUUAGCGCUCUGCAAACCAUCUACAGUGUCCUGACGUCUUGCGAAGGCAAGCCGGAGAUGCUCGCCCAACUCGAGCAGUCUGUCCUGCCCCUUGUCGCCUUCACACUGGAGAAGGACGCCAUCGAGCUGUACGACGAUACCUUUGACCUGCUGGAUGUCCUCACCUUCUACCAGAAGAAGAUCUCGCCUGGCAUGUGGAAGAUCUUCGAGAUGAUGUGUCAGUCCUUCCUCAACGGGGCCGGCAUCGACUACCUCACGGAGAUGCUCAGCACCUUUGACAAUCUAGUCUCGUACGGCACAGACGUCUUCAGAGAAAACGCGGAGUACAGGAGGCUGCUGCUGGGCAUCUACGAGAAGGCUAUGAGCUCCGACCAGCUUAGUCUGGGCGAUCAGAUCUCGGCUUGUAGGCUUGCAGACGUCAUCCUGCUGCUGCUCAAGGGCAGCGUCGACGAGGCUGUGCCCACCAUUGUCGCCUCUGUCCUGCCACACAUUGCCGAGGGUGCUGCCCACACCACGCCUGCCCUGCGCAAGUGGUCGGUGCUUGUGCUCCUGGAUGCACUGGUGUACAAUGCCUCGCUUACUCUGCAGACCCUCGAGUCUCUAGGCGGAUCGGGCGCUACGCAGCGCUUCUUCACUCUGGCUCUGGGAACCGUGGUGCCCAAGUUCACUCGCGUUCACGAGAAGAAGGUGACUGCAAUUGCACUCAUGAGCGUCCUGUCCCUCUCGCCAGAGCAGAUGCCUCAGGCUAUCCGUGCUGGGGAGGUACAGAUCCUGCAGUCGCUCCUGGCGGACCUGAAGAGCAUUCCCGAGGCUAUCCGAAAGCAGCAGGAGGCCGAGGAGGCGUUUGAGGACGAGCUGGACGACGACGAUGAGGAUGACAUUACGGGCGAGGUGGUCAAUGAGGACGACGACGAGGACGAUAUUCGCGACGAGGACAACGAGUACCUCGAGCUCCUCGCCAGGGAAGGCGCUCGUCUACGUGCCCAGGCAGCACGUGCUGCCGGUGGUUCAUCCGCCGCCGACACCAGUGGUCUGAGCGGGGCUGGUGCCGACGAGGACGACGAGGAAGAGGACCAGGAUGACGAUGACGACGAAGACUUGAUCUACGAGUCUCCCCUGGACGAUGUUCCGGUGUUUGAGCAGUUUAGACAAUUGAUGGGACACUUGGCCAGUAGUCGGGCUGACCUUGUGGGCAAGUUGGACGCGGGAUUCAAGAGUCAGAUUGAAGAGGUGGCGGCUCUACCUGAUGUCAAGGUUGGGGGAGAUGACGAGGAGGAGUGAAUGUAGAUGUAGAUGUAGAUGGUACUGGGUGCGCUAGGGAGGGAGAGAUGCGUUGGGAUUAGAGUGGCACUUUUCUUUUUCAUCAAAUCAAGAUGUU